AUGGACUACGCCUUCUCGUGCAUCGCCUCCAGCGGCGGCCUCCGCACCGAGGAGGCGUACCACUACCUCAUGGAGGAAGGCGACUGCGACGAUAAGGCACGCGACGGCGAGCAGGUCGUCACCAUCUCCGGCUACGAGGACGUGCCGGCCAAUGACGAGGGGGCGUUAGUCAAGGCGCUCGCGCACCAGCCCGUCAGCGUCGCCAUCGAGGCGUCCGGCAGGCACUUCCAGUUCUACAGCGGGGGCGUGUUCGAUGGCCCGUGCGGGGCGGAGCUGGACCCCGGCGUGGCGGCGGUGGGGUGCGGCAGCAGCAAGGGGCAGGACUACAUCAUCGUGAAGAACUCGUGGGGCAGCCAUUGGGGAGAGAAGGGGUAUAUCCGGAUGAAGAGGGGCACCGGCAAGCCAGAGGGUCUCUGCGGCAUCAACAAGAUGGCAUCCUACCCAACCAAGGACCAGUAG